AUUACCUGGUUGGAAUGAUCAUUCAGUAGGUUAUCAUUCUGAUGAUGGAAACAAAUUUCACAAUGACGGCUUUGGAGGUCGAAAUUAUGCUGAAACAUGGGGUUGUGGCUAUUAUCCUGACACUGGAAUUGUUUUCUUUACCAAAAAUGGCAAAUCUCAAGGCAAUGCAUUUAGUGGACUGAAACAUAUUUGGUUCCCAACCGUUGGGACAGAUGGUGAAUGUAAAGUUGAGGUCAAUUUCGGUGAUGGUGAACGUGAAUUCCGAUAUAAAGAAGCUAGAGGGACGAGUAUUGCCGGUCCCAUUUUGAUGAAAUCGAAUGAUGAAUUAAAUGAAAAGACUAUCAUU